UGGGAGUGUCACGGCAUGCCUGCGGUUAGAAACGUCAUGAUGUAUGGCUGCUGCUCAGACCCUUACACCGAAAUCACCUAUACCCUGCUGCUGAAGCGCCGCUCCUCUUUCUACAUCUUCAACCUGCUCCUGCCCUGCUUCCUCAUCUUGUUCCUCGCCCCGCUGGGCUUCUACCUGCCCGCCGACUCCGGGGAGAAGGUGUCCCUCGGGGUCACGGUGCUGCUGGCCCUCACCGUGUUCCAGCUGCUGAUGGCUGAGAGCAUGCCUCCUGCGGAAAGUAUGCCCUACAUAGGAAAAUAUUACAUAGCCACGAUGACCAUGAUGACAGCUUCUACCUCUCUCACCAUCUUCAUCAUGAACAUUCAUUUCUGUGGCGCUGAGGCCAAGCCCGUCCCACACUGGGCCAAAGUGGUCAUCAUUGACUACAUGUCCAAAAUCUUCUUCGUCUACGAGGUGGGGGAGAACUGCACGACACCGCAGAGCGAGAGGACCCCACUGUACCCCGAGGAACCAUUCAAUGACAUUGGCUGCCACCAGGAGAAUCGUCUUCAAGAUGACCUCUACCACCACGAUGGUGAGGUGUACAAGUACAGCAACGGCCACAGCAUGCACCAUAACGGUAAGCAUCACAAACACCGUGCAAACGGCAGUGCCAACAGCAGGAACCAAUGUCACUACAACAACCACAACAACCACGCCUCCCGACUGGAGAGGGGUGAGGCAAAGCGAGAGCCCGCUCAGCACUUCAACCACAUCAGGCAGGAGGAACUGGACUAUCAAGCCCCUCCACAUCCCACAAACAUGUGUCAUGGAGCAGUGGAGCGGUAA